AUGCAGACUUCGCAAGUCGCAGGACAAUACGGCAAUUCCAGGAGUAACAAAAGCCAGGCACAACUUGACAUCAGACAUGGCAGGACAAAAGGCACGCAAGAUAAUCGAGGCAUCACUCACCCAUCCCUAAACGCGCGCCUUCAGGUGACUACCGUGGCCUCCCAGACCCACGAUGCACGUUUGAUCACCUUCAUGACCAUGCCCAGUACGAAAUCCCGCGUCGGAUUCACGUACAAAGAUCCUUCUUCCGUCUGCAAGCCUGACGGACGUGGAACUCUUCCUCUGGACUCACUAGUCAAGACGUCCGACGUUAGGAAAAACGUCAAGAAAAUGGCUGGCUUUGCACGAUUCGCUCUAGUACCCUCAGGGAUCCGUCCUUCUCUCCUCUUGCUCAUACAGACAAUGCUGAAGUCCGUUGUGUUCCUCGCCGCCAUCGUUGGGACUUCGACCGCAGCUUCAGUGCCCAGCUGCUACAGCAACUGCCUCAGCUCGGCUGCUCAAGCGGUCGGCUGCGCAAGCGACGAUACCGACUGCAUCAAAGCCUCAGACGCAUUCAUAGACCUUGCACGAAGCUGCCUCGAAGAAAAAAAAUGCACAGAAAGAACUUCAUCUGACACAACCUCUGUCGAGCACGCUAUCUCGAUCCUCUCAGCGCUCGACCUAAUCGACGAAGCGACUAUCUCUUCCAACAUCGACUUCACUCCUUACCACAGUACUCGAGACUUGACCGGUCUCUCGCGUAUCGUCCCUAUCGAGAAACGGCAGACGUUCCGGCGUGCGCGGCCAACUGUCUGGCGUGCCAUUCUGGGCUGGGUAGUGAGGGAUCGACUCGACGCCUGCUUUGACCCGAGAUUCCAGUGCUCGAGUACAUCGUCAGUGACAAAGAAGUGGGUACUUGGUGGCACGGUCUUUGGACAAUGA